UACGAGGACCCCGCGGACCAUCAACGCUGUGGAUCUGUCCGGUCCUGGGAUCCCAGGAACCUUCCAGAAUCGGAGCUCCACCCAUCGUCUCCCCAAACUAUGAAGCAAAGAGCGCUGUAACACAGCUACCCACCAGAGAAUUCUAAAUCCAAACAAGUCCCCAAUUUGUAACCGUACCACAAAAUUGAGAGAUCCUACUGAGAUCGGAGCCAAAAAAUGUGUUAUGUAGGCAAAGCAACGAAAAUCUUCAUUUCCAUAGUCGCGGUUUUGGUGGUUACUGGAUUGAUUUUGGGAUUCGGAGUGUUCCGCCGCCACGGCAGCAAUGGCGGUGGAGGCGGAGGCAAUUCCGGCGGAUGUUCCUCCGAUUCAUGUCCCCAAGCAUCGCCUCUGAUUGUCCCCACUCCGGCGAAUCCGAGCUCUGGUUUCACUCCGAAUCCUCCUAGAACUGCCUCGUAUCCUCCGCCACCGCCGCCGAGCGACGACUCGAACUUUCCGAAUCCCUCGCCGUCGCCGCCGCCUCCAACAUUAUCUUCUCCUCUUCCACCUCCUCCUCCGCCGGGCGACAACUCUGGAUCGAGUGUUCCUCAGGCACCUCCACCGCAGCCGCCAGAUUCGUCGUCUCCGCCGCCGCCUCCAGUGGUUCCGACUGCUCCUCCGCCGGGGAUUGCACCGCCGCCACCGGUGCCGGUGACGCCAGGUCCGGUGAACAAUUCUUAGCUCUUUCCAAUGGUUAUUCAUUAUUGACAUUUGGAUUUCGGUUUCGUUUCCUGAAAAAUACCGUCUGCAGUUUUUCUCCCUUGGAAAAAUUCGGAUAAAAAGUAAAAAUUCGACUCAGAAAGUCAGAAUUGACCACAUUCUAUUGAUGAUGGUAUCUCCUGUGUGUAAUAUAUGUAGCUGAAUUGUUUAUAUUUUAUUUAAAUUUAAAUUAAAUAUAUAUUUACU